UCGAAUUUUGAAAUUAACUGCACGCACAUUUCGAACAGUUGCGAAAUUGGCAAACGCUGCUGGCGGCGCGUCUGAAGCCGCCGGAAAGCGGGUAAGAAGCAGCAGCAACGCAGCAACAAUAACAACGAAUCUGAAGUCCAAAACGAACGAACAAAUAAAUGAUAAACGAAAGGCAAACGCAAAAGCCAAAAACGCGAAACGAACGAACCUAAUUUUGGCGCCCCAAAACUCAAGAGCAACAACAACUACGACAACAACAACAACAACAACAACAACUAUUUAAUGAUCAGCAAAAGCAACAUUACAAUUUUUAGCUUUUCCAAGAAAAGUUUGCUGUAAAUAUUUAAUUUAACAUUAAUUUUCUUUAACACGCUGUUGUUAAUACUCAAGUUAAGAAUAUCUAGCAUAUUGAUUAUAUACACAUAAUUGUUGUUCAUAUAUAUUGUUUUACGCCAAAACGAAUAUUUGUAAAGCUAGUCAAAAAAAAAUUACGAACUUUGCGUAUACGUAAUAUUUGCUCACUGCGUAUACUCAAUAAUUAUUAAGCUACACACACACACACACACACACACUAGUCUAUAAGCUACGCGCGUUAUGAUGAAAAAUCUCAAUGGUAGAACGCAUAAUGCGUGCUACCAGCCCUACUAUCAGCAACAGUUGCAGCUGCAGCAGCAGCAUCAGCAACAACAGCAACUGCAACAGCAACAACAGCUGUUGCAGCAGCAGCAACAAUUGCAGCUGCCUUAUGCGGCGCCAUACAACCAGCUGCAGCAGCAGCAGUAUACUCAACAGCAGUACUAUCAACAACAGCUGCAACAGCAACAACAACAACAACAGCAGCAGCAGCAGCAAUUGUUACGUCAGCAACAGCCCACGCUGUCGGUCUACCAGCAACAACAACAUGCAAAGCAAUCAUAUGGCCAUAACAACAGCAACAACAACGCCAACAUGACACAGACUGCACGCAGCAACAUGCAAACAGCAUCAAUUGCUACUGUGAGUGCGAACGGCAACAACAGCAGCAGCAGCAGCAGCAACGCCAACGCCGCGAACAGUGCGACAGCCGCAAUGGCCGCCAUGUGCCAAAUGCAAAGCUUUUUAAGCCAGCAGCAACAACAACAACAACAACAGCAGCAGCAGCAGCAGCAGCAACAACAACAACAAUACCACAACAAUUGUGCGCAUAUUAAUUAUAAUCAGCAACAGCAGCAGCAGCAACAACAACUGCAACAGCAACAGUUGUCCACAGCAGCAACAACAAAUGGCGAUAAAUUAGCAUUGGAUAAUGCCAGCGAAAUUGCAAAUUUUUUGGCCAGUGAGCUUUUUAUGCAGCAGCUCGUUACAUUUGAUGGCAUGCAGAGUGCACCGACGCUGACAACGCCGACGUUGACGCCGACUACGCUGCGCACCAUUGAGGAGACCAUCUAUGAGCUGACCACGGAGCCGCAAAUUGUGCCCUUUCAGGCGGGCUUUAAGCCACCGCCGCUGACAUCGCUGGGCGCCAUAACGAACAACAAUACAGUCACGCCCACAACGGCGGCGGCAGCGGCAGCUGCCACAUUGGCGGUGGUGAAUGCGAAUCCGAUCAAUGCGAAUCCGCAAUUCGAUUUGCUCGGCCUGAAUUGCAACAGUGUGCGCGGCAGCGAUACGGAGGACUCCAACGGUUCCUGGAACGAUGGCCAGCUGAACGAUGACCAAAGCACAACCGAUACUUCUAGUGCCGCGACAGACAGCACCUCGUAUCAGAAUGGUGGCCACAUGCUGGGCAAUGGCUCCAAUGGUGGUGUCAACAACUUCACCGUCGCUCUGGCGGCGGUCAACAAUGCUGGACGCGCCUCUGGCCAGGCUGGCGGCAACUCAACUACCUCAAACAGUGGAACUCCGGCGCGUCGCGGCGGCGGACGUCGACCUAACAAGGCGGCCAACAUGUCCCCGGAGGAGGAGGAGAAACGUCGCAUACGACGUGAACGCAACAAGCUAGCGGCGGCGCGCUGUCGCAAGCGACGCGUCGAUCAGACAAACGAGCUGACCGAGGAGGUCGAUGCGCUGAUUAAGAAGGGGGAGGACAUGAAGAAGGAGAUUGAGAAUUUGAAUGCGACCAAAAACCAGCUGGAAUAUGUCCUACAGGCGCAUCGGCCCACCUGUCAGAAGGUGCGCAAUGAUCUGCUCAGUGUGGUCACAUGUAAUGGAUUGAUUGCACCGACCACGUUGCUCAGCGCCGGCAGCUGCACGGGCACAGGCAGCCAACAUAGCAACAACAACAACAACAACAGCAGCAAUAACAAUAACAGCAACAGCAGCAACAAUAACAAUAACAACAGCAACAGCAAUGACAGCAGCAGCGGCGGCACCAUCACCGGUUUCGAUGCCACACUCAAUUCCACGGGGCGCAGCAAUUCACCGCUGGAUCUCAAGCCGGUGCUCACCGAUGAGCAGCUGCUGCAGCACAUCAAGAACGAACCGCAGGAUGUUGGCCUCGAUUCGAGCUCAUCAUUGGACCAGGAUGGUCCGCCGCCGGCCAAACGUUGCUUUGCGCUGCCCAACAUUGCCGCGCUGACCGCAUCCCUGACGACACCGACCGACCCCGGUUCCUGUUCACUGAACACGCCCAUAACUAGCACGGCGCCAAAUAUAUUUGCCAAUUUUGGCGGUGACCUCAACAGUCCCACAUUGAAUGCACUGAACAAGCUGCCCAAGGCGCGUCCCAAUACGCUCAAUGUCCAACAGUUGCAGCGUCCGUUUGUUGUCCAGCAAUUGGGCAACGAUGGCAACAAGGCGCCACCCACACAGAUACAGGGCGUGCCGAUACAGACACCAUCGACGGGCACCUUCAAUUUUGAUUCGCUAAUGGAUGGCGGCACUGGUCUGACGCCCGUAUCCGGGCCCCUGGUGCCCACCUGCUCGUCCCAGAACAAGCAUCCGCUGGAACUGCCAACGCCCACAAGUGAGCCGUCCAAGCUGGUUAGCUUAUAACCAGUGUAGGGUGCGUGGCGGUGGCGCGCGUCGCUAACAAAGUCAAACAUUACAUUUAGUUUUUAAUCUGUAAACAAGCAGCAUGCACCAUGCAGCAUGCAGCGUGCGGCAUGCAACAAUUUAUGCAUACAGAUUUACGUUUACAUAGCGAACGCUAAUUUAGAUUUA